AUGGACAUUGAGCAAAAGCAAGAAGAGAUCAUCGAUCACUUCGUUAAGCAAGCCUCGUCCCUCGAAGGCUCUGCCCUCGGCUCCCUCGUCGUCGAAGCCACCUCGCACCCUUCUCUCUUCGCCUUCUCCGAGAUUCUCGCCGUUCCUAAUGUUCUUCAGCUUGAAGGAACAGAAACUUCUGUGAACCUGGAUGUGCUUCGCUUGUUUUCACAAGGAACAUGGAGUGACUACAAAAGUGAUGCCAGUCGUCUUCCCCAAUUGGUCCCUGAUCAAGUCCUAAAGCUGAAGCAGCUCACUGUUCUUACACUAGCUGAGACAAACAAGGUACUACCAUAUGAUCAACUAAUGCAGGAGUUAGAUGUUAUAAAUGUACGUGAACUCGAGGAUUUUCUCAUUAACGAGUGCAUGUAUGCGGGCAUAGUAAGAGGAAAGCUUGACCAGCUGCGGAAGUGCUUUGAGGUCCAGUUUGCUGCAGGGAGAGACCCCAGACCUGGACAACUUGGGAGUAUGAUACACACACUGUCAAACUGGUUGGAUACCUCAAACAAUCUUCUUAUCUCGAUUCAAGAGAAGAUGAAGUGGGCUGAUACCAUGACUGAAUUGGCCAAGGAACACAAAAAAGAAGUCGAAGAUAGGGUGGAAGAAGUAAAGAAGUCCUCUUCCCACAAGGCCGACAUUGACUUCCGGGGGCACGAGGAGAUUUACUCCGAACCUGGUGGAGUGAUGGACUAUGAGGAAGACCGAAGUAGACCAAAGAGGAGACGGCAUCCGAUAUAUAGAUGA